AGUCGAGUGCUUCGUGCGCGUCGCCUUCGUCGUUGCGCGCGCGCUCUCUCCUCUCUCCCGCCCCCCUGUAGCUAUCGCAAGACAGUUUGGACUUUUCGCUAUUGUCUCGCGUCGCGUCACUGCUCCAAGCUAACGGUGGCAGGUGCAGGCUACUCCAUCUCUUUUCCCCGCGAACCAGUCGUGCAGCUUUGAAGCACGCGCCGAGCGAUCCGCGGAGAAAUAGCGAAAUGCCAUUGUCCAGGUGAAAGGGAAGGUGAACGCGAGUGGGCCUUUUUCCGAAGAUAAGCUCGUCCAAGGCAUGUCGCUGUCGCAGAGGAUUUCCGGGGCCAUCGCGGUACUCCGCGGAGCCCCCCCCGUCGAGUCGAGCCAGCCAGCAACAUCCCAGCUGGAGCAGAUGACGUCCGAGGACGCGGUCGAAGAAGAGAAAAAGUCGCGCAGGAGACGGGAGCUGCUGAAGCGAGCGAAGGUCGUGCGAAAAGUGACGUCGGUGCUCAUGAAAGACAACUUGCUGCUGGUCCUCACCAUUGCCGGAGUAUUGAGCGGCUGCUUGUUCGGUUUCGUCGGGCGCCUCUUCAACCUGACGCCGCAGACGGUGCUUCUGAUCAGCUUCCCCGGAGAGAUCUUGAUGCGCACUCUGAAGAUGUUCAUACUGCCGCUGAUCGUCUCCUCUCUGAUAGCAGGCAUGGCUCAGCUGGACGCCAGGAGCUCCGGCAGAAUAGGCGUGCGAGCUCUGUCGUACUACAUGGCGACGACCGUUCUGGCGGCGAUCGUCGGCAUAGCCGUGGUCCUGAUCAUCCAGCCGGGUGACCCGAAAAUCAAAAACGCCAUGCACGUUGCCCAGGCCGACAACGCCAAAGUCUCGACCCUGGACGCGAUUCUCGACAUCGUCAGGAACAUGGUGCCGGAGAACCUGGUGCAGGCGUGCUUCCAGCAAGUGCAGACGACGUACGUGAAGAGGAAGGUCGUGCUGAUGAGCGAGAGCCCCAGCCAGAAUGCCUACACGCUGGAGCAGAGCCUGGUCUACAAGGACGGCACCAACGUCAUGGGCAUGAUAGUGUUUUGCAUAAGCUUCGGCUUGAUCGCCGGCCAGGUGGGGCCCAAAGGUAAGCUGAUGGUGAGCUUCUUCGUGGAACUGAACGAGAUCAUCAUGAAGCUCGUGAGCCUCGUGAUCGUGUGGUACUCUCCCUUCGGCAUAAUGUGCCUGAUAGCCGGCAAGAUCAUGUCGAUCGACAACUUGACGGCCACUGCGCAGAUGCUCGGGCUCUACAUGAUAACGGUCAUCUUGGGCUUGCUCAUACACGGAGUGGUCACCUUGCCGCUCAUAUUCUGGCUGCUGACGCGCCAAAACCCGGCCAUAUUUUUCAAAAACAUCAUGCAGGCUUGGCUCACGGCCAUGGGCACGGCUUCGAGUGCAGUCGCUCUGCCGGUGACCUUCCGCUGCCUCGAAGAAAAUAACAAGGUCGACCCGCGAGUCACGAGAUUCGUGGUGUCCGUCGGCGCCACGGUCAACAUGGACGGCACGGCUCUGUACGAGGCAGUCGCCGCGAUCUUCAUCGCCCAAAUGAACGGCAUCAGCUUAGGACUCGGCGAGGUCAUAACGGUCAGCUUAACGGCAACGCUAGCAAGCAUAGGCGCGGCAAGCAUUCCAAGUGCUGCGCUCAUCACGAUGCUCCUAGUUCUCACUGCUCUGGGCCUGCCUACCAGCGACGUAUCAUUGCUGUUCGCCGUCGACUGGUUCCUAGAUCGGAUCAGAACCUCGAUCAACGUACUUGGCGAUGGCUUUGGCGCUGGUAUCGUUUACCACCUGAGCAAAGACGAAUUAGAUCGGAUGGAUGAACUUAAGAAAGCGGAAGGCUUAGAAGCAGUUAUAGUACUUGAGCCGAACGGCCUCAAAGAUCUUUCCAAGGAUGAAAACGCCCAGCUUGCCACGAAAUCAGUCUCCGACACCAACGUAUAAUUCACCGAGAUCAAUUAAUAUUACUCAACGAUCGUGACGAACAAUUACAAUAUCUCAAUAAUCCUCGUCGUUUUAAGAUUCAUUCUGCCAGAGCAAAUUAAUAAAAAUAAGAAAUAGCGUCAGCCACAAUCAGUUCACCUUCGGUGUAAUACUUAGAUAAUUUCUUCACGUUUAUUAUCAUCGGCAUCAAAUUAUAUUUACAUGGCAUAACUUAUUUUUAUAUUUUUCAAAUGCCAAUCUAUUCGACAAUAUGGCUUGUAGA